AUGGCCCGCUUCAAACAGGGUGUUUUCUCGUGGGAGGACGUGCUCGUCCAGCGAUACCAGAGCAACAAACCUCCUCCUCUACCACGAACCCGCUGCCGCACUCUAUCAACAUGGCAACCACAGCCCCGAUGUCAUCUACUAUCCCGUCUAUCACCCGAGCUCCGGCUCAUGAUCUGGGAAUACGUCCUGGGUAACCAGCGCCUACACAUAAUCCAGCGCAGUGGCCAAAAACUCGGACACAUGGUAUGUCCGCUCAGUGAAAACCCAACAUCAGAUAAGGCGCGGCGACGGAUCCACGCCAACUUCUGUGAGAUCUGCACCGGGGCUGGAAUAGCACAACCCGUGAAAGACGUCGAUCUGCGCCACCGAGACAUGCUACUAGGCCUCGCAUUGACGAGUCGACAAUUACACCACGAGUCCAUUCACCUCCUCUACACCCUCAACACCUUCGAGUUUAGCAACCCCUGGACCCUAUCUUACCUGCGCCCGACUCUGCCCUCGGAUCACUGGGACUGUAUCCGAAACGUCGAGCUUCGCUGGUCCUUUCCAGGUCACUGGCUUCCGAGCAAAGACCCCGUGCGCGCGGUAUACGUAUCUGCAGGACGCGCGCAGUGGCUGGAAAGCUGUCGCAUGCUAAACAUACUCCCUGGUCUGCAGUCGUUCGUGCUGGUUCUGGACAGCAGCUGGUUCUGCGAGCCCGUGGAGAAACUGCCAUUGUUUCUCGAGCCCUUGAGCGGACUACGCGUGAACUGUCCGCGGGGACUUAUUCGGCGGACUGUGGUGCUGGACCCCGGAUUGUUGGAGAUUAGCUCCGAUGAAGAGUCUACUUCAAGCUCCGUCUCCAGUUCCAGCUCGGCUUCGAGUGGUGCGAGUCCGCGGCCGGUACUUCCUUCGCACGUCUGCUCCGGUUCUCAGUUUGCGUUGGCUGGGAUUGCGGAUUCGAAAUCACUUGCCCUGCCAACCAAGGGAGACUUGGCGCUUGCGUCGUGGGAACUCAGACUGCAGGGCCAGUCGUACUAUGUGCACGAGCUGGACCGGAUCGGCGAAGACUUGCACCGGAGGGGUAUCGACUGUUGCAUCACGACACCGUGA